UUUGCUGGGACACCCCACGGCAGUCGGGUGCAGCAAGGGAAUGGAUGCCCUACUCCGGCACCUAGAGGACUGUGGGUAUGUGUCCAAGAAAAAAGCUCAGAUCUGCCGACAGCAGGUGAUGGAGUGUGGAUUAAGGACUGGAACAUAGCCUCUUUGUGCCCAUGGUGGAAAGGACCGCAGACUGUCGUCCCGACCACUCCCACCGCUGUGAAGGUAGAGGGAAUCUCAGCCUGGAUCCACCACAGCCGUGUAAAACCUGCAGCGCCUGAAACCUGUGAGGCAAUACCAAGCCCAGACAACCCUUGCACAGUGACCCUGAAGAAGACGACAAGCCCUGCUCCAGUCACACCCGGAAGCUGACUGAUCCACGCACGGCCAAAGCAUGAGGAAGCUCAUCGUGGGAUUCAUUUUUCUUAAAUUUUGGACUUAUACAGUAAGGGCUUCAACUGACCUUACUCAAACUGGGGACUGUUCCCAGUGUAUUCAUCAGGUCACCGAGGUAGGACAGCAAAUUAAAACAAUCUUUCUGUUCUAUAGUUAUUAUGAAUGUAUGGGAACAUUAAAAGAAACUUGUUUGUAU